UACACCGCUGCCUUAACGGGUCCCGAAGAUUCAAGGAGAGAGAGAUAUCUGCUGGCGGAAAGGACGGAGUUUACUCGGUCCAGCAGCCAAACCCACCGUAAACCGCAACGAACCGAGCUGUUACCGCAACGGGAGACACUUUGGACCGAAGCGGUAAUCCCGCUCCUGUGUUUGGGUCGGCUGGCACGGACAGGAAUGGCUCGGCCGAAGAAGAAAAGCUUCACUGGCUGUUUGGCAUGAAGCUGAGCGGGUGGGGACAGUUGGUGGGAGACAACACCUCAGAGAGCGGACCGAACGAGGACAAGUGAGGGAGAAGAGGACUGAAGUGUCGCGAAAAGGAACAAUAAUUAACCAGGAGAAGAGAAAGAAGAAGAUGGUGGAAGGGAGAGCUAAUGUGCUGGAGGUCUGGGGGCUGCUGCUGCUCCUGAGCGGAAGCUGUCAUUGCGGAGAAUUCUCUAAACUGGAUCUGAAGUUUUCCAGAGUUUCUGAAGCCUCUCGGCAGACAGAGCACCUCUCCUCCUAUCAGCUGACUGUCCCUCGACCAAUCGGAGGCAGGCUGAGGCGAGACCUGGAUGGAAGACCACCCAACCAGGUGUCCUACCUGAUCCAAGUGGACGGAACCGAACAUGUCGUUCAUCUCCAGAGGAACCAGCUCCUGUUGCCUGCUGACUUCACCCAGUUCACCUACAGUCAGGCUGGAUCCCUGAUCUCCUCCAGACCACCUGUCCAGAACCACUGUCACUAUCAGGGCUUCGUUCAGGACCUGGAGGGCUCGGCGGCGGCCAUGAGUAUCUGCAACGGCCUCAGAGGUGUUUUACAUCUCGGUGAUGAGAGCUACGGAAUUGAGCCGUUAGACUCCGCCCCUGAACAGCACCUGGUGUACCGCCUACAGGAUGUGACCUCACAGCCUCGAGGGUGUGGUACUCCUCACCAUGAGCACGGCAAUGCCACGGAGCGUGCUCAGUACAAACCAGAGGAAAUCCCCCAUCGGCAGCAUGGGAGGGUGAGACGAGCUGUUCUCCAUAAGACCCACUAUGUGGAGCUGCUGCUGGUGGUGGACAAUGACAGAUAUAAUCACAUGAACAGGAACGAAACGGCAGUGAGGGAAGAGAUGGUUCACUUGGCCAACCUCAUCGAUGGUAUCUACAUCCAGCUGAAUGUUCGGGUGGUUCUGGUUGGACUGGAGAUCUGGACUCAGCAGAACCUGAUCAGCACCGAAGGAGGAGCUGGAGAAGUGCUGAGUCGUUUCACUCAGUGGAGGGAGAAGGAGCUGGUUCCUCGCCGCCGUCAUGACUCAGCACAGCUCAUCCUGAAGAAGAGCUUUGGAGUAACAGCAGGAAUGGCGUUCGUCUCCACCGUGUGCUCUCGGAGUCAUGGAGGAGGAAUCAAUGCGUUUGUGAACAACAACAUUCCUGCCUUCGCCUCCAUCGUGGCUCACGAGCUCGGACACAACCUGGGGAUGAACCACGACGACGGACGCUCCUGCACCUGCCCCGCCCCCAUCUGCAUCAUGAACUCUGGAGCCACAGGAUCCAUGAACUUCAGCAGCUGCAGCGCUGACGACUUUGAGAAGAUGAUCCUGUUGACGGGAGGGACGUGUCUCCUGAAUGUCCCCCGACCCGAUGAAGCCUACAGCGCCCCCUUCUGUGGCAACAGGCUGGUGGACUUUGGGGAGGAGUGCGACUGUGGCUCAGAGAAGGAAUGUGAGGAGGACCCGUGCUGUGAGUAUCGGACCUGCAGGCUGAAGCCCGGAGCUCAGUGUGCGUACGGAGAGUGCUGCUACAAAUGUCAGUUCCUACCAGGAGGGACGGUCUGCCGCUCCAGCAGCGACGAGUGUGAUCUACCUGAGUACUGUAACGGCUCCUCCUCCUUCUGUCAGAGUGACAUCUACGUCCAGAACGGACAGCCAUGUCGGAACCAGCAGGCCUACUGUUACAACGGGAAGUGCCAGCACCACGACGGGCAGUGUCGGGCCUUGUUCGGGUCCAAGGCCGAAGUGGCUCCUGAGAUCUGCUUUAAAGACGUCAACAGCAACGGAGACCGAUUUGGGAACUGUGGCUAUCAGCAGUACGGCUACAGGAAGUGUGAGAGCAGAAACGCUCUGUGUGGGAAGCUGCAGUGCUCCAAUGUCCAGCACGAGACGGUCUUCGGCAUCGUUCCAGCCAUCAUCAUCACUCCUAUUGGAAAAGCUAAAUGUUUCGGUGUUGAUUUCAAGCUAGGUUCCGAUGUCCCAGACCCGGGCAUGGUGAACGAAGGGACCAAGUGUGGAGACAACAAGGUCUGCAUGAACUCUGAGUGUCGUAGCGCUGAAGUCCUGAACUACGACUGCGAUGUGGAGAGGAAAUGUCAUGGACACGGGGUGUGCAACAGUAACAAAAACUGUCACUGUGAGGACGGCUGGGCUCCGCCCUUCUGUGAGCUCCCAGGUUACGGAGGCAGCGUGGACAGCGGCCCCACCUGGAACGAUAAGGACACGUCUCUCAGGGACGGCCUGCUCGUCUUCUUCUUCCUGGUUCUUCCUCUGCUCGCUCUGGGUGCGUUUGUUUUUCUGCGCCGAAACGAACUGCUGCGACGGUUUGGGCUGAGCCGUAGGAAGAGGUCUCAGGGAUACCAGGCUGAUGGAGUGCCUCCAGCCAAUCACAGCAGAGCGCCGCCACCUCCUGUUGCCCGUGGCAACACUAAUGACAUCGUCAGAGACGGACAUCAUCAGACCCAGCUGCUGCCGCCUCCUGAGGGGAUGAACACCAACAGGUUGGCUCCGUCCUACGCUCUGAGACCGCCUCCUCCUCCUCUAAAACCCAAACCUCCUGCUGCAUCACAGCCUCUGGUGCCUCAAAGACCCGUCCCGGCUCCACCUGUUUAACCAAUCAGGUGGCUCCUCUCCUCCUCUUCUUCCUUCUUAACUCAGUCGCUGCUCACUCAGAGCUGGUCUCCUAGCAACAGCCAGAACAGCAUCUAUGAGCCAAGAUGGCGUCCAUCUAGCUCGGAGAGGGACCCGACGGGGUGGACAGGAACACAGCGGGACUCCUUUAUGCUCUUUGCUGUCGGGUUCCUCUGCAACUCAACUGGCCAAUCAGACUGAGGAACAUCCAGCCUGAUAAUCUCCUGUUACCUGUUAGCUGCCAAGCAUCAAAUCAUUAAGUAUUAACAACUUUCACACGUUCGUCUCACUCUGAUUGACUGAUAACGGGGGGGGCGGAGCCUGAAACUGGCCUCGGAAUGAAAGCACUGUUAUCAUGUCUGCUCAUCACUGUCAUAGGAAUGUAACGCACCCCCCCACCCCAGACAGCUGAGUGAGGGUGCGUUUGGGUUUCACCUCCUGCACCGCCCGGCUCACCCGGGUCUUUUUCCCGCCCGUAUGCAACAGCGUCCGUGCUGUCCCCCUCUAACUCUCCGUUUACUCGUGUGGUACGUCCCGAUUCAGCGUUGAGCGUGUUCACGCUCGCUAGCUGCACCUGAGGAACCGCCGCCUGACACACCUAAACCGGGUUUUUUUUUUAACUUCACCAGUAAACCAAACGUGAGCGGCGGCGGUGCUGUGAUGACUGAUCCUGGAUCUGCACUGUUUUCAAAGGAUGAGCUUUCAUCUGCAUUCAGCUGUUUAAUAUUUUUGCACAGAAACACGAGGGCUCCCUGACAGGGCUGUCUGCGUGCCGCGUCAUGUUUUCAUGCCAAAGUGAGACAUGGGAACAGGUGAGGCGUUGGGUUCCAGUUACCUGCUGACUCCUCCCUCACCUGAUGACUUAAGAGGAAACUAUAAACUCACUACAAAUCUCCUGCUGGGACUCAAACCAACGCUGAUCCUCACCAAGAUGCAUCCAUUCAUCCACCACUCAAAAUAGGUCCUAACCACAUGCGGCUGCAUUCCAUUUACAAAGAAUAGGGUUUGUUUUUCCACCUGUGAGACUUUCAGCCAUGUCAUUUUAGGGUCUUAUCUCUUUCUGGGUAAAAUAAUUUAAAACGAGCGUUUAGUUAGAGUGGAAUAGUCUGAAAACGAAUCGUUACUCAAACUGUUUUCCUUCAGAAAUACAGUGAUCCCUCGUUUAUCGCGGUAGAUGCGUUCCAGACCUGGCCGCGAUAGGUGAAAAUCCACGAAGUAGGGACACCAUAUUUACAGUACAGUACUAUAUUGAAUUAUCGUAUGAUCACAUUCUCUUUUUGUGGGUAAAACUCAAGAAAAAAAAUGUUUUACUUGUUUUUUUUAUAGUUUUAUUACGAAAAGUGCAUUUUAUGAUGAAAUUGAUGAAAAAAACUGGAAUUUCUUGAUAUUUCGCAUAGAAAAAUACCGCGAAUCGGCGAAUUUCCCUUGAAUAAGGCUCCAAAGAAAAAUCCGCAAAGUCGUGAAGCCGCGAUAAACGAACCGCGAAGUAGCGAGGGAUCACUGUACAGUUAGAUGGCUGCAGUUGGUAACUCCUGCCACUAGAUGGUGCUGUGCACAUUAUUAAAGACCUUUUUUUUUAACCUGUUAAUUUUUUUUUAUUUACAAGCAUUAAUGACUGAUGCACAGUAAUCAUGGUAUCAGUAUAAUGAGCCACUUUCACUGUUUGAUACAAUCUUUGUUUAACAUUUUGCACAGAAAAUGUCGUCAGCAGGGGGCGCUGUUACAGUUCGGUAUAAACAAGGUGGAUCAUCCGCAUAAGGGCUGAUUUCCAUUUAUUUAUGAAGCACUUUACAAACUAAAGCUGCACCAAAAUGUUGUCCGUCACCAUCGAGACACGUGACAUGAUACAAAUAAAGUAAAAGAACUGAUGAAUCUUGUUUUUAGAGUCAAAAUCAGAAGGUUUUAUUACCAUAUGUGUGAGAAUCACGUAUGGCAAUUCUGGUCCAAAUGGAUCGGAACCUUCUGCCAGAUGGGAGCGGGUCAAAGAGACCGUGUCCAGGGUGAGAUGGGUCAGCUGUGAUCCGACGGAGGUGUACGGGUCCUGUAUGGAGGGGAGUUUGCAGCCAAUGACCUUCUCAGCAGAGCGUACGACAUGCUGCUGUGUUUUCACGUCCCUGAUGGUCGCUCCCGCGUUCCCUAUACCUAAGAACCUUAAACUGAGCAGAUCUGAUACGGAGAAGUCUGGUAUUCCAUAAACCAGUAGGACUGGGAUCUUCUCCUCUCCUGAGUUUGGAUCUCAGAACAUCUAAACACUUCUGGUUGUUCCAGAUGAGUCGUGGAAGAGAUCAGACCUUUUAGGUCAGUGGUUCUCAAUCCUGGUCCUGGAUGGCGGGUAUCCAGCAUGUUUUAGCUCCAGCACACGUAAUUGAAUGGUUGAUUCAUCUGUUCGUCAAGUCAUGGAGCUCUGCAGAAGCCUGUGAAUCACCUACUGACUAAAAUCAGGUGUGGUGGAACAGCGAAAAUCAAAAAGGUGCUGGAAAGCAGCCCUCCAGGACCAGGUUUGCCCACCUCUGUCCUACAGCGACAGAGGAACAGGAGGGACUUUUGGAAGAUCUUUGGAUCAAAAGCAGAACUUUAUCUUUGCUACGGACAUCUGGAUAUUUUUCCUGGUGGUUUAAGUAAAGAAUGAAAGGGUUUGAUUAUUCUUGAGGACUUAGAGAAGACUUUAAAAUAAUACUUAUUUACAUAAAAUCUAUCCCUCCUUUGGCCUCAUACAACAGACCACACCUCACAAAUUUGACCUCAUUUGUUGUAAUUUAUCAAUGAUGCUCCAUCUAUUAUUUCUCCAGCUGUUAGCACUGUUGCCUCGCCGCAAGAAGGUUGCGGGUUUGAAACCCGGCUGCAGCCUUGCUGCGUGUUCUCCACAUGCAUGCGUGGGUUUCCUCCAGGUACUCCAGUUUCCCCCACGGAUCACAACGUGCGUUAUAGGCUAACAACUGUACACCGCUUUGGAUGAAAGCGUCUGCCACAUGAAUAAACACAAACAUGUGAAAUGCAGGUAGAAACGGCAGGAUUCUUCACGUUUUAAUCGUUUGCUUGGUUGCUGGUUUGAUGGACGUUAAAGCAACGUUUGUGAUGUGUGAAACUUUGUUCUGUCCUUCAUGAAAAGGAGUCAAAAGCAGACAUCUUGGUUCCUAUCGGUGAUUAAAGGUUAAACGACUCUGUUGGUUUGAGUCCAAACACAAGAUUUGUUUAUUACAGUAAUUUGAAUAAUAACAGUCUAUUAGACCUUUGCGAUGUAGUUUGUUGUAAAUGACUGGAGUUUGGUUGGUAGUUGAACAAUGUUCUGGAAGCUCACAUGGUAUGAACCGAUUUACCGCCCUGAGUUUAGUCUUCCAGGCAGGGAGACUCCACCCCCAGCUGAGAGGGUUUCUGGCUGUCAUGAUUUCUGCCAUCCCCACUCUGUUCAUUCAGAAGUCAUUUAAAGAGCAAGUCACCCCCUACCAGAGUAUUUCUCCACUCCCACUUCCUGUUUGAAAAAUACAACAAAUGCUGUUGCCCAGCAGACCGAGAGGGCUGAGCCACCAACAAAUACACACACAGGCUCACAAUGACAUUGUGACAUCAUACGGUACCAGCUAACGUUCUAGGGUACCUCUUAGCCAAUAGCGAUGGCAGAUUUUAAUUCAAAUGCAGUGAAUUUGUGGUUUUUACCUGACAACGGCACAACACUGACAGUUUUAGGCAGAACAUUUAAAUUUUAACUAAGAUGCACUGAAGUGCAAAACUAUUGACGGCACGUGUCUGCAGCACGAUUAGACACACAUUUAUAGUGAUCCCUCGUUUAUCGCGGUAGAUUCGUUCCAGACCUGGCCGCGAUAGGUGAAAAUCCGCGAAGUAGGGACACCAUAUUUACAGUACAGUACUAUAUUGAAUUAUCGUAUGAUCACGUUCUCUUUUUGUGGGUAAAACUCAAGAAAAAAAUUUUUACUUGUUUUUUUUAUAGUUUUAUUACAAAAAGUGCAUUUUAUGAUGAAAUUGAUGAAAAAACAGGAAUUUCUUGAUAUUUCGCAUAGAAAAAUACCGCGAAUUGGCGACUUUACCUUGAAUAAGGCUCCAAAGAAAAAAUCCACGAAGUCGUGAAUCCGCGAUAAACGAACCGCGAAGUAGCGAGGGAUCACUGUACAUAGUUUAUCAGGAAAAAUAUGUUGAUUUGGGGGUGGCUUGCUCUUUAAUGAUGUUAAACUAACUCAGAGGAAUAUAAAGUGGGCGGUUCACCAGAGCUGCAGUAUUUUACUCUGGUGCCGAGUCUUUAAGGUAGACCUGGUUCAGCGAUUGCAGGGCAUCCAGGAGUUUAGGGGCAGCCUGAGAGGCUAAACUCAGGGCAAAAUAAGUCUCUAUGCUUUUCCGUGUAUGAUGAACCUGUGGAUGAGGGCAGUAUGAUGUCACUACGGCGACACGGAGUCUCGCCUUUUCUAAUCUAAUGAAUGAUUUUCUAUAGGAUGAUGUUUUUGCAGCUAUAAUUGUGUCUGUGGUGAUCCUGGAGUGUCGUGCAUUUUUAUUUUACUAUCAGACUGUUUCUGUAUCCAUGGAAACGUGUUCACCCCAACUCAGUUAUGAUUUCAAACAUUAAAACUUGUUACUCCUCA